CACAGCUAAGCUAAGUAAGGACCUUGCUCCUGGCGACACCUCUUCUUGUACUGCUUUGAAAAACAUGGCUCUCCCUGGGUGCACCAAGUAUGACUGUAUUGUGAUAGGAGCUGGGAUUCAGGGCUCCUUUACAGCAUACCACCUAGCUAAAAACACAAAGAAGACUUUGCUGCUAGAACAGUUUCCGUUACCUCAUUCCCGCGGAAGCUCUCAUGGACAAACACGCAUAAUCCGAAGGGCAUAUGACCAAGCAAUAUACACCAGUAUGAUGGCAGAAAGCUACAAAAUGUGGGCUGAACUUGAAAGAGAAUCAGGGACAACAUUGUACAAAAAGACCGGCCUUCUUGUUAUAGCUAAAGCUGGAAAUCAAGAGUUUGAUUCAGUUUGUAGAAACAUGGAACAAAUCCAGGCACCAAUUGAAUAUCUGAAUCAGGAGCAGAUGAAAAUGAAUUAUCCUGGACUUUCCUUAAAACCUGAGGAAGUUGUCUGCUGUGAUGUAAAUGGUGGAGUUCUUUAUGCAGACAAAGCCCUGAGAGCCGUUCAGGAACAAUUCAAGCGCAUGGGUGGGGUUAUCUGUGAUGGGGAGAAAGUGAUGCACAUACGGCCUCACCCAAGAUCUGGAGUUACUGUGACAACAGCACUUGCUGUGUAUGAGGCAGAAAAGCUGGUGAUCACUGUGGGUCCCUGGGCCAAAAAAGUUCUUAGUCCCCUAGGUCUUCAGCUCCCCCUAAAGACUCUAAGAAUAAAUGUUUGCUACUGGAAAGAAAAGAACCCUGGGAGGUCUGGAGUGCUACAGAAUUUGCCUUGUUUCUUGGGUGUCAGUCUAACUGGCAAGAAUCAUGUGUAUGGGCUCCCGUCCCAGGAAUAUCCAGGCCUCAUAAAAAUAUGUUAUCAUCACGGAAAUGAGGCAGAUCCUGAGGAGCGUGACCUCCAGCCUCAGUUUCAGGAUGUCUCAGUAUUAUGCGACUUCAUCAACCAGUAUCUUCCUGGCUUGUACCCAAAGCCUGCAGUGAUAGAACAAUGCAUGUAUACAAACACACCAGAUGAAGAUUUCAUUUUGGAUUGCCACCCUCUUCAUAAAAAUAUUGUCAUAGGGGCUGGAUUUUCAGGGCAUGGUUUUAAGAUGGCACCCACAGUAGGAAAAAUCUUGAGUGAUCUCUGCAUUGGAGAGCAACCAGACUAUGAUUUGAGGCCAUUCCGGAUUUCCCGCUUCAAAAAUCCAUUGAAGUCAGCUUUGUGAUCCUUAGGGAAAAGAAAAAAAACAAUGAUUUUUUUUAGCAGAAACCACAUUGUAAACAGAACACGUAUAAUAAAGAAGCAAUUGAUAGGACAGCCCAAAAUCUAGACAUUGUACACUAGAUUUUUCUUUGCAAAAAUAUUUUGUAGAUUAUCCAUAUAUAUAGAUCAUCUGGGAGUGUUUUUGUAAAAAUACAUAGUUUUGCUUAUUUUAAAUAACAUUGUGCUGAUUUUCAGACUCCUAACCAAGCCCCAAAGUUUUAGAUGUAAACUGAUGUCUACAAACUCCUGGUUGUGUAAUGAGUCUUUUCAUUUGCAGGGGAGGGGGGGGGGGUCUGCUCUUUCUGAUUUCCCAGUACCUUUCAGUGGGUGUCGCAGCCUAACCUUAUCAAUAAUGCUAAAUUGGGAGCUCCUAAUUAAGUUUUUAAAUGGUUUUAUACUGGAUUUUACAUCAGUAUCUGUGCAUUUUCUUCUUUAUAUUAGUGUCUAUUAGAUGCAGUUAUAUGAAUAUUGCUGUAUACUGUCUCUUUAAGAUAAAAUGGAUGAUUACGAAUUAAACCAUUUUUUUUUCUUUCA